GUGCAGGAGUUUCUGGACUUUCCGCCGGAACCUCCAUCACCUUUGGAGACCUAUCGAGAUGUGGUGAUGCGCGCCAUGGUGCAGGCCUGCAUUCGGGCCUUGUAUCUUCCCAGCGGAGAUCCUUUGUCAGCCGAAGAGCGUGCCUUGCUGUCGGAGGAGAUCUCCAACGAACCGAUUUCCCACCCGCCAGAUCCAGCGACCAGCGCACCCAGCACCGCUC